AUGAUUGGAGCCCGUCUUCACUCCCUGUGUCUGUUUAUGCUGUGUUUGACAACUGGAAAUGGCCAAGAUGGGAAGUUUAGUGGACCCCUGAAGCCCAUGAAAUUUUCUAUAUUUGAAGGCCAAGAAUCAAAUCAAAUCAUAUACAUAUUCCAGUUUAAAGCAGAUCCUCCAGCUGUGACCUUUGAACUUACUGGGGAGACCGACAACAUAUUUAUGAUCCAACCAGAUGGACUGCUGUAUUGCACAAGAGCCCUGGACAGAGAGACAAAAGCUACCUACCAUCUUCAGCUUGCUGCCCUCGAUGCUCAGGGAGUCACGGUGGAGGGCCCAGUCUCCAUCACCAUAGAAGUGAAGGACAUCAAUGACAACCGACCUACAUUUCUUCAAAAGAAGUAUGAAGGCUCAGUAAGGCAGAACUCCCGCCCAGGAAAGCCCUUCAUGUAUGUUAACGCGACAGACCUGGACGAUCCAAGCACCCCCAAUGCACAGCUUUUUUACCAAAUUGUUAUCCAGCUUCCCAAGGUCAACAACGUCAUGUACUUUCAGAUCAACAAUCAGACAGGAGCAAUAUCACUCACCCUACAAGGGUCUCAGGAAUUGGAUCCAGUUAAGAAUUCUAACUACAAUCUGUUGGUCUCGGUGAAGGAUAUGGGAGGCCAGAACGAGAAUUCCUUCAGUGAUACAGCAUCAGUGGAUAUUAUGGUGAAAGAGAAUAUCUGGAAAGCACCAGAUGCUGUGGAGGUUAUUGAAAACUCCACUGACCCUCACCCCAUCAAAAUCACUCAGGUGCAGUGGAAUGAGCCAGGGGCACAAUAUUCCUUAGCUCAGAAGGAGAAACUGGAAAGAUUCCCAUUUUCAAUUGACCAGGAAGGAAAUAUUUAUGUGACCCAGCCCUUGGACCGAGAAGAAAAGGAUUCAUAUGUUUUUUAUGCAGCUGCAAAGGACGAGUAUGGAAAACUACUUUCAUACCCUCUGGAAGUUCACGUGAAAGUUCUAGACAUUAAUGAUAACCCACCGACAUGUCCGUCUGCAGUAACUGUAUUUGAGGUCCAGGAGAAUGAAGUAUUGGGUGCCAGUAUUGGAAUCUUCAUUGCGCAUGACUUGGAUGAAGCAAACACUUUCAACAGCAUUUUGAAGUACAAAAUUGUGGAACAAACCCCCAAAGUUCCUAUAGAUGGACUCUUCAUGAUUGAAGAAUAUGAGGGGAAGUUCCAGUUAGCUAAACAGUCCUUGAAGAAGAAAGAUAGUCCUCAGUACAAUUUAACGGUAGAGGUGUCCAAUGGAGCUUCAAUAUCAGGAGACAUUCUCCCCUACUUCUUGCACACUUUCAAAACAAUGGUUCCUAAUCACUGUGCAUCACAAGAUCCAUAUACAGUUUUAGACAAAUGUGCACAGAUAUACAAAAAGACCUUCAUUCAAAAAAGACGGUAUGGGGUCCUGACUCUCCCUGAAGACACAGCUGUUGGGUCUGUCAUCUUAACCAUCCAAGCCACGGAUGCUGACGAGCCGUUUACUGGGAGUUCUAGAAUCCUGUAUCGGAUUACCCAGGGAGAUGACGAGGGAAGACUAGGAAUUGACACAGAUCCCCAAACCAAUGCAGGAUAUGUCACAAUUAAAAAGCCUCUUGAUUUUGAAACAGCAGCUGUUUCUACCAUCAUGGUCCAAGCAGAGAAUCCCGAGCCUCUGGUGUCUGGUGUUGUGUACAACACCAGUUCUUUUACCUCGUUCAGGCUUAUUGUGACAGAUGUGAAUGAAGCACCCGUAUUUUCCCAAAAUAUAUUCCAAGCAAAAGUCAGUGAGGAUGUGGCUGUAGGCACUAAAGUGUACAGUGUGACCGCGAGGGAUCCCGAGGGUCUGGACAUAAGGUACUCACUGAAGGGCGAUACCAGAGGUUGGCUCAAAAUUGACGCUGUCACCGGUGAGAUCUUCAGCGUGGCCCCACUGGACAGGGAAACUGAAAAUGUGUACCGAGUGCAAGUGGUGGCCACUGAAGUAGGUGGGUCUUCCUUGAGCUCCACAUCCCAUUUCCACCUGAUGCUUGCCGACGUGAACGACAACCCGCCGCGCCUAGCCAGGGACUACACCGGCUUGUUCUUCUGCCAUCCCGUCUCUGCCCCAGGAAGUCUCAUUUUUGAGGCCACUGAUGAUGAUCAGCAGGCAUUUCGGGGCCCCCAGUUUACAUUUGGCCUGGGCAGCGAAAGCUCACAAAGGGACUGGGAAGUUUCCAAAAUCAAUGGUACUAGCGCCAGACUUUCUACUAAGCACACAAAUUUUGAGGAGAGAGUUUAUGAGAUCCCCAUCCGCAUCAAUGACGGGGGUCGGCCCCCCUUGGAGGGGACUGUCUCUUUAUCAGUGACUUUCUGCAAGUGUGUGGAAGGAAGCUGCUUCCGGCCAGUGGGUGAGCAGGCUGGGAUGCCCACAGUGGGCAUGGCGGUCGGUAUACUGCUGACCACUUUUCUGAUCAUAGGUAUAAUUUUAGCAGUUGUGUUUAUCCGCAUAAGGAAUGAUAAAAGCAAAUGUAAUGUUGAAAACACCCAGUCACCUGAAGCCACCCCUCUGAGACGCUGACUUUGAAGAGAAAUGGUAGAGUUCAUCCAUCAAGUGCUACUUCAGCGACCAGCUGCUUCAUUUCAUAAUUCUACUUCCCAUCCAACAUGUGUUCUGUAAUUUUUUUACAGCGACUCCCUCUUGCCCUUUAAUAUUUUAUCACUCUUAGAUAUUUUAUGUGCUGUAGACAUUAGAGAUAUUUUGUAUUUUCCCAUGACAUUG